AUGAGCUCAUCCUUCUCGCAUUCCCUCCUGGAUCGUUUUGGUUUUUCCCCUUCUGGACUCUGUGAGGACCACGGCCUCUCUCAGCACCCCUCGGACCCUCUGUCCAGCCCCGUCCCCUUCCUCUUCUACCCCCCCGGCAUGGACCACGCCGGCCUCGGCCUCUACAAGGGCCCUCUGAGGGCUCCGGCCGGCCCCGGGCUCCUGCCUUACCUGGCCCCGUUCCACCACCACGGACACUUCAGCAUGUACGAGUGUCCGUUCGAGCCGGCCUUCAUCCAGAAGCGGAAUGAGCGCGAGCGCCAGAGGGUGAAGUGUGUGAACCAGGGUUACGCCAAGCUGCGGGACCACUUGCCCGGCCAGAGUGCGGACAAGCGCCUCAGUAAGGUGGAGACGCUGCGGGCCGCCAUCAAGUACAUCAAAUACCUGCAGCGGCUGGUGGAGCUGCAGGACGGCGGAGGAGCAGAGUCCACCGGAGCCUCGUCACCCGGUCCGGACCCCCGAGGAGACAUGGAGGCGUUUGAGUGUUGA